AUGGGUAAUCUAGAACAUGGUUGUCUUUCUCGAUCUUAGCAAAUAACUAAUAUAAAUAAUAAAGAAAGACCGUCUUAACUAAAACGCUAAUAUGUGUCAGAAAAAAUAAGAAAUUCAUUUCUUUAUCCAAUUCCUUCAAAAGAAAUAUAGAUUUAUGCAAAAAAAUUAGGAAUUUCGAAUUACAAUCCAUAUAGUAAAACAUUAACGAAAUAAAUAAUUGAAGUCUCAAAUCUUAAUUAAACCUUAGAAUUAAGUUUAUGCAGAUUUCUUUUGGUAAGCUAAUCAUUCAAUCUAAAUAAAAUUAAUGAAAUCUUAAAAUAAAAUUAAGAUUUCAGAUAAAGUAUAAGACCAAUAGAAAAUGAAAUCUUAAAAGAAGCAAUAAGAAUAAUAGGAUUGGAUUUUUAAAAUGGAUUAGUAUUGAGUAUUAAAUUAGAAAAAAUCAAUAUUGAAUUUAUUUAGUAAUACCUGUUAUUUUUUUUUGAAUAUCUAUUUUAUGAGAUAGCCAAAAAUAAUAAACUUAGCAACCAUAUUAUGGUGGUUUAUGAUUUACAGUAAGAAGCAGUAAAUUAAAUUUUACUAAACUUUUUGGUAAAUUUGACUUAUAAGCAUUAUUUUCUAAAUAUUAGAAAAGUGAUUCUUAUAAAUUUAAACAUAGAAAAGGUUUCAUCAGAAGUAAUUGGAAUGUUAAAUUCAACCUAAUAUUCAUAUUUAUUAAUACCCUUAGCUGAUACUGCUUAUUUAGCUAGGCAUGUUAGAAAAUCAGAGUUAUCAAAUGAGUAUGGAGGAGUUUAUCAGAAAUUAAGAAAUCCAAUACCAAUUACAAUCAAUGAGGCUACUAAAUUUAAAUUAUGA